UUUUCAUUUAUUAAUACAAGCAGAGAAUUAGCGUAGCUUUAUAUACUAAUUUUCUUCUCCCACCAUCAAAUAUAAACCAAAAUGCAUUCUUUCCUUUCGGCAGAUGCAAAUCCUUAUUGCCUUUGUUUUUACGCAGUUCUUGUUCUGCUUUUGUUGUUAUUUAUAUUAAGGAAGAUGCUUUGGGGUCCUUUUCAGGAAUCCCUGGCUAAUAUUCCACCUGGUAGUAGAGGACUGCCUUUGAUUGGAGAGACCCUACAGUUCAUUUCUGCCAUCAACAGUGACAAAGGUUUCUACGACUUUGUCAGAGUUCGUCGUCUAAGGUACGGAAACUGCUUCAAGACGAGCAUAUUUGGGCAGACACAUGUCUUUAUUUCAAGCACGGAGUCAGCUAAGACGAUAUUAAACAACGAGUCUGGUAAAUUUACAAAGAAAUACAUUAAAUCAAUUGCAGAGCUUGUUGGAGAUCAAAGUCUCCUGUGUGCUUCUCACCUGCAUCAUAAACUGAUACGGAGCCGUUUGAUAAAUCUAUUCUCCACCACUUCACUUUCUCUCUUCAUCGAACAAUUUGAUCAGCUCGUUAUCACAAGUCUCCAUAGCUGGAAAAAUAUGGGCACUGUAAUUGUGCUUGACCAGGCACUUAAGAUAACCUUCAAAGCUAUGUGCAAGAUGUUGAUGAGUAUAGAAAAUGAACAAGAACUACAAAUGUUGCAAGACGAUAUAACUCAUGUUUGUGAAGCAAUGCUUGCAUUCCCUCUCAGACUUCCCUGCACUAGAUUCCACAAAGGCCUCAAGGCCAGGAAAAGAAUCAUGAACAGACUAGAAAUGAUGAUGGUUAAUAGAAGAAGAUGCUCAGAUACCAAUCAGCGAGAUUUUCUACAGCAACUUUUAAUAGGAGACGAAAAGUCAUGUUCCGAUGGAGCCUUUAAGCUGACAGAUCCAGAGAUUAAAGAUAACAUAUUAACUAUGAUAAUUGCAGGUCAGGAUACAACAGCAAGUGCUAUCACAUGGAUGGUUAAGUACGUAGGUGAAAAUCAAAAUGUUUUAGACACACUUUGUCAGGCUGAGCAAUUUCAUAUUGCAGAGAAAAUUGCUUCAGAGGGACAAUUUCUUUCGUUGGAAGAUCUUAGUGAGAUGCCAUAUGCUUCUAAGGUGGUUAAAGAAUCAUUAAGGAUGGCAUCUGUUGUUCCCUGGUUCCCAAGAUUAGCACUUGAGGACUGUGAGAUUGAAGGAUUUAAGAUAAUGAAAGGGUGGAAUGUUAAUAUUGAUGCUAGAUCAAUACAUCGCGAUCCUAUUCUAUACGAGGAAUCCAACAAUUUCCAUCCACCAAGAUUUGAGGAUGACUCUAAGCCGUAUAGCUUCUUAGCAUUUGGAAUGGGAAGAAGAACAUGUUUGGGUAUGAACAUGGCAAAAGCCAUGAUGCUUGUAUUCCUCCACCGUCUUAUCACCACAUACGAGUGGAAGUUGCUUGCUUCAGACUCGAGUAUAGAGAAGUGGGCACUUUUCUCAAGAUUAAAAUCUGGUUGUCCGAUCCAUGUUACUAGCAUUACAAAUUAAGGGUGCUGCCCCUCCAUAAAAUAAAACUCCACAGCACUAAUAAAGAUAAUAUGGGUUGUUAAAAGGAAAAUGAUUAGUAACUCAUUAUAUGAAUAGUAUUAUAAUGGGUAGUUAAAUAUUCAUAAAACAGAAGCAUAAGAGAUGAAAUGAUCUAUAAAAUAAAUAAAUAUGCAAUUAGUUAUUACAUAUUUAUUUGUAUAAUUAGUUAUUACACCAAUCAGGAUCUUAAAAUAAAAGUUAAAAGGGGAAAAUAAAGAGAGCUUUGUUUGCAGAGCUAAUUGGGUAGUUAAAGUGGAGAUCAGUCACCUAAUCUUAGCAGUUAGUGUAAUUCUCCAAGUCUAAGUCAUAUAUUAGCAUGACAUGUAUGAACAAGGAAGAAGAAGGUCAAAAGUAUCUAGAUAUUAUGUUGACUUUCAGAAUGUAUCAAAGCAUUUGCUAAGCUGAGAACAUUUUUUAUUAUGCAUGAUCUUUGCAUUGUGGAGUUAAAGUAGGCUCUCUUGCAUUUAUCUAAUCUAUGUUGAAAACCUGAUGAACAAUAACAGAUUUGAAUUUCUUUUUUAUUG